AACACUAUAUUUACCGUCCUGGUAACCGUAGAUGACACUGAGUAUAAAGUAACCUUUUUAAACAAGAUUUAGUGUUCAUAUUAAGAAAUAUUUGCUAUGUAUAACAAUUCAAGCAUAGACGACGGCGACAAAGCCGCAGAGAUGAAAAGUGGAUAUGACCUGCCGGUGUAUGGACUUGCUAAUGGAACAUUUUAUUAUAUUCAUAUUCCAGCGCUAAUUUGUAUUUUCAGCAGUCUUUGUUGUGUUAUUAUUGUUCUGACAUUGUCAUUUCGACACAGGAGCUACAGGACAUUUUUUUCCUGGACGAAGAGCGAGCGUUUCAUUGUAUAUCUUGCAAUCUGUGACGGUGGGUUUAAUAUAUUUCACAGCGUUGAUCAUCUCCAUUACGUCAUAGUCAAGGACCAUGUACACCCAAAGGAACUUUGUGAGUUUUACGGAUUCACUCUCGCUGAAUUUAUAACGGCACAAAAUUUGAUCGUGAAUAUAGUUGCUAUCAACGCUUUUAUGUUGAUGUAUUUCCAUAAAAAUCUUAACUUUGGCAAACGAGAUUGGAAAUUGUUGACCUGGACUUUCGGUGUACCGUUUGUAGGGGCAACAGCAGCCGCAAUCAGUGGGCAGUUUGGACCGGGUGGAUCUUUUUGUUACUUUGACGGCGUGAAAGGGGGGACGGCAUACAUAUUUUUCACAACGGUACCUCUGCUCAUUAUCAUUGUUAUGAAUAGCGUUAUGUACGUUCUCACUUGGAGACGUAUCAGACAAGAGACUUCAAGUCUAUGUGAGACGUACAAAAACGUCCACAUGGUCAACAAAUCAAAACGAGCAGCAAAGACAAUGACGAUGUUUGUCGUAGCCUUCUUUAUUCAGUGGUUUUCACUAGCAGUGUUUGGAGUGUGGGUUCUGAUCGAUCCGAACGUUCCACAACCUAUGAUUCAUAUCAUUACAAUAUUUUCCAACAUUGGUGGAUGUUUGAAUCUCUGUGUCUACAUCAUCAUGAGGCGAAGGUCCAGGGCUGACAAACAUGAAGAUAGCAAGGAGAAAAUAAUCGAUUCAAAUGAGCUGAAAAGCAAAUCUGACUCGGGGCAUGUGACAAAGUCAUCAGAAUUAAGUCAAAGUAACGUAUAACGGUACACAGCUACCAUUUUAUCAUAAAACACGCUGUUAACACACCUUUAUCUAUGCGAAUUCCCUUGCAAAGCGUAUUACGUCCCCAUAAGCAUAAUUCGAAACAGAAGACAACAACGUGAUCAAACAACGCUGACAUUCUCGGGUUUAGCAUGAACAUUUAUUGACGUUGUUGGAUAACAAAUUAUUAUUUUCCUUUUUUUACUGUCAUUUGACUAAAUGUCUGGGUUGUUAUUGUUUGUCUAACAUAUGUGCAUAUUUAUUUUGUGUUAACAUCAGCGGGAUUCAUCGGGAUACAUUAACACCCACCAAUUUCUUGCUAUUCUGCAGACGUUACAACUUAAAAGCAUGCGUUAUCUCAACAGACUUGUCUAAUUGCGAUAUUGACGAAAGAGGCUAGACAUAAUUACUAUUUUUAUUUUUGUUUUCUGUUUUGUAGCUGUUGAUUUUAUAAAUCCAUUUGACAAUUUUAAAAAUUGUAUUAACUAUCACAACAGCAGUCUUUAGGUGCCGUGUGACGGCGGUAAAACGUCUCCAAAUAAAAAUAUAUUUGCAUUCA